AAAAAACCGGGAACGUCAGAAGCAGACACCAGACAAACAGAACUUGUGAUUUGAUAACUUUUGCGAACUCACUUACUAUCAAGUUAAAUGACGUCUAGGGGACGAGGUCUAGGAAGUGUUGCUCCAUUGUCAGCUCUCAGGAGACCAGGAGCAGAAGGCAUCCAAACAAGGUUCAGUUGUAAAUCUCAAGAUGAAGAUUCAGGGGGUAUUGAAAAUCAGUUGGGUAACAUAUGUGAACAAUUAAGUGACAUUGACUUAACGAAGUCCGCUAAUAAACUGUCUGAAUUUACCGAGAAAGUGAAGUCACUCUGCCAGUCAAAUGAAAGUCUAGAAAAAGGAGUAGAUGGUCUUUUUUCUUUUGCUCUUCAAAGCAAAUGGAACUCUCAUACUGCUGCAAUUUUUUGUCAUCAUAUUGGGGAUAUCACAGUUGAAGGAGUGAAGCUUCGCACACAUUUGUUAAGAAAGCUGCAAGUCUCAUAUAAAGAUAGGAACAAGAUUUAUUUAAACUUAGAAAAGUUCCUAUUGGAAGUAGCAUUCUUAUGUGAAAUUUUCCAUCAUGUUCACAUUGAUGGAAGCUGUUUAAAGGUCUUGGCACGUCCUGUGAUUGAUUACUUAGGAAUGCUUAUUGAUGGUGGUUCUCAGAAAGAAAUAGAAGUUUUUGUCGAGCAGUUUCCAAAAUGUUACAGGAAUCUGAAAGAAAAUGAUUCUGAUGGAAUUGACAUUCUUGUUUUAAAAAUAAGAAAGCAAAUUAUUUGUGAAUCAAGUACCCUAACUGUCAGAGCUAUGCUACUAGAAAUUUUUGAAAUGAUUUUGACAGAUUGGCAGCCUUUGAGCCAAAAUGCAAAAAAUUUAUAUGAAUCUCUGUCAAAGCCAAUUGUAAAAAUAUGUGAAUAAUUCUUAACUUUUAUGUUAGUCUAUCAAAGCAUGCUAUCAAAGUCAAAGGUAUAAAUAUGUAAAAAUUUCUUUAUAUAAUUAUGAUGUUUAUCUAUCAUUGAAAUGUCAUUGUAAUACAUCAAUGAAAUAAUGCAAUAUGAAUGUAUCUUGUUUUGUCAUGUAGAGAAAAAUUUAUCUCAUACAUUUUCUUAUUUUAAGAACUUUUUACUUUAUUGACAAAUGAGAAAUAUUUUUUCCAGAAAAGUUAUAUUUUUAUUCAGCUAUGUAUGCUGAAUAAAAGUAUUUAUUUUGAUACAUUUAAUGUGUUUUGAUUAAAACUAAAAAUAUUUUGGAAAAAAAAAAGAAAAGAAAAAGGCUUCUAAACUGCAGCUAAUAAAUGCUCUAAAAAGUAAAAAAUAAUUUUAUUCCUUGAACACCAUCAAUACUACUUUUAAAAUCAUUUCUGAAGACUGUGCAAAAGCAAUUGGUAAAACUACACCAACCAUAACUCAAUUAUAGAUAUAAUUUUAAUGGACCAGGUUCUUCUAUAGCAGCAGUUCCCAACCCAUGGGCCGCGACCCACAAGUGGGCCUGGAACAGUGUGUUACUGGGCCAUGGACACAUCGAGAAUCUGAAGCAAGAUAAAUCUCGGGGUAUUAAUUUCUGUCUUUUACAAAAAAUUCACUUAUUAGAUAUACCGUCACUCCGAAGCUCUCCCUUGCUCAUCGCCUAUUAGGAACUUAAGGAUUGAGAUUUUUCAUGUUUUUUAGAAACUUUCCCCUAUAAUUGAAGAGAUGAAAUCUAAUGAAUCAGACACUUGAAUGAAAAUUGCCAAAGAAACUAGUAUUAGCUUCAAGCUUCAAGUUAAAAAUGCUCCUCAUUUGCUGAACUGGCAUGACUAACUAGUGAAUUGAGGUACUUGAGGGGCUUUUCAACAACAUACCUAUUUGAAUAAAACUUUUCAUUGCAGUUAAAAAAAAAAAAUUAAUAUCGAAAUGCAUUUAAUGUUGUCAGUAAUUUGAGAUUAAAAUAAUUUCAUUUCAAUCCGGAUAUCAACUCCCUUAUAGAUGAGAAGCAGCGCCAAAAAUCCCAUGGCAGUUUAACUUUGAUGACUUAUUUUUGAGUUUCCUUACCUUGCAAUAAAGUUAUUUCCUUCCUUAAAAAAUAUUUUAAAAAUUGUUCUUGUACAAUAAAUUUAUAUCUUUGGUGCAACAUAAAGAGAGAAGGGGAUUAACAGCUCUAGAACUCUUGUUUCUAAUGCACUUUCAGUCCUUAUGCGUAUAUUAUUUGCACUUAAGGACAGUUAUGAACAAGUGCCCCCCCCUCCUUAGAAAGUAAAUUUUGGCUGUGCAAGUAAUGCAUAGUAGUUAGUGGGCCUCAAUUGUAUUUUCUACAAAACUGGUGGGCUGCACAAUCAAAAAGGUUGGGAACUGCUGUUCUUAUAGCAUUAGCAUAAGUUACAUUGAUAACAACGUAUUUGUGUUGCAGUAGAAAUGUUUCAUUCUUAAUUUUGCAUGUUUUCUCUGAAAAACGUAAACGACAUAUGAACGUUCAUAUUUAUUGUUUUUGUGCUAUAUUCAAAAAUUAUGUUUAAAAGAAGUAUCGAUAAUAUUCAAAGGAUUUCCAGCUGCAGUUUUUAAGCCAGCUCUGUGCAGUUUCUUUCUUUUUUCGGAUCAUUUUUAUUUCAUUCCUUUUAUUAUAAAAUGUGUUUCAGAAAUACUAUAAUGUUACUAUCUCAAAACUUGACCCUAUUUUUUCAUAUAAAAACAGGAAAAAAACGAUCAAUGCAACUAAAAUUUUUAGCGAUUGGCACAAAAAGCUAAUCUCUCUAGGAUUUAUUUGCAUGCUAAUUUGAUUAAAACCAUUUAAGUAAUAGGUUUUCUAAACUAAUUUAUGUUUCACAAAAAAAAACAAGUUACUCCUAAUAUAAAUCUUACUUGACUAUAAUUGGCAUAGAAUUUGAAACUUUCAGUGUAAUUACUAUUAAUAUUACUUUUUAAAAGCCAAAAUUGUUUUCAACAAUGAGUUUCAUAAAGUUGAAUAAACCUUUGUGCAAGAAAAGUAAAAAUAAGAAAUAACAACGUGUUUUUGUCGGAUGUCUUUCAUCCAUAAGCUCACUUAUUUUGCAUUGAAAAAGCGGUUCCUUCUAACACCUGAACAUGUGAAUAGGUUUCAUAUUUAAUCAUUUAAUAGGAAAAUUACGUGCAAUUUGCUGUUUUUUACCCAUAUAUAUUUUUUCUUAAGAACAAAUAUGAUCUAACAAAAGUACGGGACCUGAGACCAUCCCCUGUCUAUUAAAAAAAGAAUCAUCAAAAUUGGUUCACUAAAUCAUGCAUUAAGCACUAACAAACACACACACACACAAAAAAAAACAAAAAAAAAAAAAAAAAACCAUAUGGCAUGGACUAAUAACUGCAAUCUUUUCGAUUGCCUUUUGAAGAUGAAAUCAAUUUUAAGUAAAAAGAUUUUAUUGAAGAUAACAUUGUUUUUAAUAUCUUAUGCAUUAUGUAUUUGUUUAUACAUAGCAUUUCCUGGAGAAUUAAAUUAUUUUUCUCUAGUUCUUGAAUUUGAAAACUAAUUUUUAAAAGCAUGUUUUUUUUUCCU